UAUUUGAAGUCUCGGCCGAGUGUGGCUGUGACGAGGAAGUCACCGCUGACAGCGACGAGACUGCACUAGUACAUUCGUCCAGCCUCGACUAGUAGCCUCGACUAGUCCGCUCGGAUGGUGGGUUGAGCCAGCCACAGUCUCAUCUCUCUCUUUUGCUGGCUGUCUUGCUGACACUGCUCGCCCGUUGUCGUGGUGACAAUGUUCCGUGGGGCGGAUGGAGCAGCGGAUGGACCGGGCCGAAACGCUACGCUGACGCCAGGAGGCCGCUAAAGCUUUGCAGGAUGGACAAGGAGGCAGUUGGUUCGAGCACAUCAGAACGUGGACUGACCUCCUCUGACACAUCCUCAUCCCCGGGUGCGCCGGCGCCGCCCCGCCUCACCCCCAACCCCAUGCUGCUGCUGGACUCGCCGGUUCCCCUGCAGACACCUGUCACCUCCUCCCCGCCACCACCGCUCACCCCAGCGCCCUCCCUCUCCGCACCCAAAAUGGUGGCGGCAGCGUCUCGGACUUCCUCUCCUCACAUCCUGGUCCCCGUGCCCCCCAAACUGAUCACCACGGCGAGCCCUGCCCUUCGCACAUAUCCUCGCCCCAUUCUUCCCUGCGCCUCCAAAACCACCCCGCAUACCUCGUCGUCUUCUGCAGAAGACGGCACUUCUUCUGCGUUGUCAUCAACGUCCACCUUGUCACCCAAGAUGUCCAGCACGCUGACCAAUGGGAGCGCAAGGAGCGUUCCCACACCCAUCUGCAACACCAUCACGCCCUUCCACACACCCGCCAGUCCACCUGGAAGACAGGUAGCGCAACGCUCUCCCCUGCAGGAACAUGCGACACUGCCUCACCCGGCGAGCUCGCUGGGCCCCCCUGCUGCCAGGCACAGGACUUCCCAGCAGGCUUUGCUCCUGGGAAAAAGUCUCAAAGGCCCCGGACAAGAGCAGGUGCUGCUCAGAGCUCAGAUGUUGAUUCUCACAUCUGCUAUGCGGGCUGGCCCUUCCUCCUCUUCCCCCCCCUCCGCCCAGGUGAGCAACGCGGGCAUGCCAAGCGUGAAGCCCCCUGCCUCGGCCCCACCUCCGCUCUCUCGCCCGCAGACGGCACUCUUCCCUCUUCUGAGGCCGCGCCCCCCGUCCGCGCCCGGCCGACACCUGGCAGUGCCGCCUCCAACGCUCUACUCACCGGUCCGAGCCGUCCCCCUGCGGCCCAAACUUCAGUCCGCGCAAGCACCGUCGCCAUGCCUUCCUUCUGCUCUCCAGACGCCGCCGGCCAGCCGGCCCCAGACAGGGGUCAGCAUCCUUCCCGCAACCGCCCCUCUGCCCGCCGCGUCGUCCUCGGAGACGGCGCCGUCCGCAUCCCGGCGACUACAAAUCAUCGCUCUCUCCUCGGCUUGGCCACCGCCGCCUUUCGCCAAAAACGCGCGGCCGACUUUGAGCAGACGGGAAGCGCUUCCGCCUCCUCAAAUCGCCGCUUCGCCUCCCCGUCAGAAGGAGAGCGACGCUCUGCAGGGAGGCCUCAGAGACAUCCAAGUGGCUGAAAAUGACCAAAGAAAGGAAGCUGAGGAGGAAUCGAACGCGACGGAGGCGGAGAAGGAUGCCGACCUCCUGCAGCGAGGCCAAAUGGAUGUGACGGAGGAAGGUCACGGUGUCGCAACGGCGCACGGCGACCGGGAACACCCCAUGGAGCUCCAAGAGGAAGGGGACAGUCAGCCACAAACACUCAAAGAGGAAAAAAAAGCAAAAUCGCACGUCAGAGAGACUUCACUUCCGGAAGAACUUCCCGUCCGGCAUCUGGAAGCGCUUCCUGUCCCACAUCCGCCUCCAGAGCCUGGCGUGAACGCCAUCAGACUACCGGAGCUUCCUGGAGACAAGGCGAGCAAGGAGGAACUCUGUGAUGACAUCAGUGACGAUAAAAACGACAACAUCAAUGAGAACGUGUCCGCGCACUCUGACAACCACUCAGCGUUGUCCAGCCUGUCGUCGCAGUCUCCGCCGUCGUCCCCGAUGACUGAUCCCGCCUCUCACGCUGCCGCCCAGCCGCUCAACCUCAGCCAAUCGCAUCGGGCCGUGGGCGACGGGAGUCGGGGGGCGGGCCAAACCCCGACGGAAGUGGAGCCGCCUCUCGACCGGUCGGAAGACGAGGUCGAGGGCCGAGCGCCGGACGGGCCGUGGGAGUCGAGGGCGUGGCCUGAAGGCAGGGACGUCUUGACGCACGUGGUCGAAGGCUUCGUCAUCCAGGAAGGACUGCAACCCUUUCCUGUGAACCGCUCGUCGCUGCUGUUGCUUCCUACGCCGCCGCAGGUGCAGAAAGUGAACGGGAGCGAGGGCCAAGCGGCCGUCACGGUAACCGAGGAAUCGACGGAACGCUGGGAACAUUUGACAGACUCGCAAGACGAGGACGGCAAAGACGAACAACAACAUGCAACGCGCGCUUCCCAUUGCGAGCGCGCCGUCCUCCACUGCCAGUUCUGUGGCAAGAGAGGCCACGCCCACAACUUCAUGCGCUCCAAACGCUUCUGCUCCACUUCCUGCGCUCGCGGGUUCAACGUUCGCCUGACGAAGCGCCUGCGAGCGCUGAGCGCCGGCAGCCGCGCGGAGAAGCCGCCCCGACCGGUCCUCAACAGGGCGCAGUCCGUCCCGGGGAAACCGAUCCUGCUCAGACUGCCUCGCGAUCUAUGGAGCGCCGGACGCAGAGACAAGGAAACCAAGGAGGACAAGAAGGUCGUGGCGACGGAGGAGGAGGAGGAGGAGGAGGAGGACAUGGAGGCAGCUGGUGAGGAGGAAGACCAGGAGGACGAAGGGACGGAGGAACCAGCGGUUGCCGUGACAACAAGGAUGGAGAGUCCGGCAGCAGAGAGAGCGAGGACGUCGACGACAUCGGCCGUGGCGAUGGUCACCGCGUCCACGCCCACGAGCACCUUUAAGCCCGAGCCCUCGCAGUGGACCGUCGAGGAUGUCACGGCCUUCAUACACACACUGCCUGGCUGCGGAGAGGUUUCGGCGGCUUUCCGUCUUCAGGAGAUCGACGGCCAAGCGUUGCUUCUGCUGACUGAAGAACAUCUGAUGGGCAGCAUGAACAUCAAACUGGGACCCGCGCUCAAGAUCUGCGCGCACAUCAACGCGCUCAAGAACCCGUAAGGAGCGCAACCGCCGCGACCAAGGAGGACGCGUGUAGCACGAGGCACAUCAAUCUGAAGGCGAAUAAUAAUGGGAGUCAUUUUGUGUAUAAGCUGCUGAAGACUUGAAGGAUUUUCAACAUUUAAUAUAUCAAAUUUGUCUAUUUAGUUUUUUUAGAAUGUGUAGUCCAAGACAAAUCUAUGCCGUAGCUCACAUAACCACUGUGUAUGUGUGUGUGUGUAAAAAUAUGACAAAAAAAUCAAAAUAAUGAAAGGUGACCUUUGUACGUGAUUGCUGAAAAUGUGAUGUUUUAUAUUCCCCACCAACAGAAAACAAACCUGCACUCUUAAACUGUCACAUUUUUAUGAUAUACUGCUUGGAAAUAUUUAAUAAAAGCAAUUCAUCUUA